ACAGACCCUACCUAUGCAGGCACCUCGGGCGGGAAAUUCUUGACACAUGAUCCAACCACCGACAUCCAACUCACAUAACUAUCGUCAGGUCACCCCGUAAAUGUCAUGGCACUUUAUGCUGUUGUCUCGCUGAAACGUUCUUAGAAUCAAGGCCCUAUCAUAGCAAGCACGCCAGUCACCGUAUCAUUCCUCCAAGGUCAUGUAAUUUUGGUUUACUGGCCACAGUUUUGUUGCGAUACAACUGGGCAGCAAUCUGAUUACCCGCUACACAGCUUGCAAUCAAUGUGAGGUGUCGUGUCGACUUGCUUUGACGGAACUUGGGAUGGCUGUGAUUUCAAGAGCCUACGUCGAUCCCCAUGGCGCGCCAUCACAAGCCACAACCGCCGAUUGGGCGGAGAAUGAAAAUAUACAAAAGUGAAGAAUGCACGAUUUGGGCACUGCACCAGCACUGAGAAUAGCACUUGGAGCCCGCCAUGAAUGUUGAAUUCUCUGCUCACGGAGAGCACCUGGAAAAGGAUAUGUUUGCGGGAUUGGUCACCAGUCUGGCCUUUCAUAGCGAAUCUAUUCUGUUGGCCGGUCACGGACCAUGCCUCAAAGUGUUCAAUGUUCAAACCGGCCAAUUGUUAGCAUGCGAGACCGUUCUACCACAUAAUCGUAUUCAUCGCAUUGUUCUGGUUCCCGAAACCCGUGACGACAGUGGCGUGCAGACGAGACGAUUGGCAGUAUACGGAUCAAAAUAUCUCAGUAUACUUCAGCUCGAGAUUUCCGAGACUGCAGCCAAGGUCACGGUUGAAAAAGCGUUUGGUCCUUUCUGCGAUUGGAUCAUGGAUGCGCAGUGGCUUACGGAAGAGGACGAAUAUCGCGAUCAGAUGGCUCUUGCGUUUGCGCAUAAUUUUGUCGAUGUCUACGAUCUCAGUGGCUCCGAAGCCCAGCGCUUGGAUCAUGUUCAAUGCCAAGUUCGAUGCAUCCUAUAUGCGGCACGAUUCUACGGCAAUACGCGUGACACCUUGAUUCUGGCAUCAGGCACUGUGUUCAACGAAGUGCAUCUUUGGAAACCCAGUGAAAGAAAUGAACAAGGCGAUGGCGUUGUAUAUAAAAAUUUGGCGGGACAUGAAGGCGUCAUUUUUGGUGUUGGAUUCAGCCCUGACGGAUCCAUGUUGACAAGUGUCUCGGACGAUCGUACCAUUCGUGUAUGGCCGUUGCACGACACCAACACCAAACAAUCACCCCAAAUCAUCUUUGGACACACCGCACGCGUGUGGGAUUGUCAGUUUGUCGACGAAUACUUGGUCUCGAUUUCCGAAGACACCACAUGCAGAGUUUGGAAGAAUCUGUUAAUGAGUCAGAACGACGGCGAUGAUGACGUUAAUACCGGAAUUGAUGGGUUGGCCUGCUGGGAAGGUCAUGCCGGUAAAAAUGUAUGGAGCUGUGCGAUCAGUCCCGAACAUCAGAUCGUGGCCACCGGUGGACAGGAUUCGGGAAUUCGAUUGUGGUCGUUGGUGUCCAUCAAGGAAAACAAAAUUGAUUCUGAAGACGAUCUAGCAUGUAUCUCAUUACCCACUGCCGUGGAUAGCUAUGUCCAUACGCGCAACGACUUUAUCCGUAAUUUUAGCGUCAUUCAUCAAGAUACGGUCCUUGCCAUGUCAUCGGAAGGGCAUCUGUUGAAAUACAGCGCCGCUUUGAUCGAUCAACCUUGGCAGUUGCUGUACCAUGAUGAAGCCUUCCGCAAUUACUCCAUCAUGGAAACGUCCACGUGUGGUCAGUUGGUGGUGAUGGGCAGUAUCACCGGUGACUUGGUGUUCCUUAGCCCCGACAAUAGUUUUACGCCUCUCAAGACAAAAACUCACGCCAACAAGGUUUUUGAACUGUUUGUCGAAAAGUCAAAGGAUGAACACGUAUUCUAUGUGAUUUCGUACGCUUUCCAUGACGAUAUUCAUUUUCACCGACUUGAUAUUUCGAAUCCGAGCAAUCCCACUUUGACCACUUUGUAUACGUUGGACUUGCCUGCCGAGCGUACAACGAUCAUUUCCCUGGCGGUUGUGGAAGAGGAAAGCCUUUUGAUUUGCGGUUCUCGUGAAGCGGCGUUGCUUAUUUAUCGUCUCCCCCAUCUCGAAGGGACUUUGGGCGAACCUCUCAAAAUCACGCCGUCGAUGCAAUUGAGACGAACCCACGGACGACAAGCAAUCAGCUCGGUAGUGAUCAAACCUAAACAAGGACAAGAUACAAAAGGCGUUACUUUCUGGACCACGGGACGGGAUGGUUGCUAUAUUCAGUACAGCCUGAGAAGUCUGUUGUCGGAGGGCGAUGUUCCUGGCCAUACCGAAACCCAGUUGGGAAUUGCUAGUCGUGGCGAUACCGUGACUGAGAGCCAAGAUUUGCACCUCGAAAAGGUGUACCGUAACAAGGUCACCAAAGGUUGGUUAGAGCGUGUCGUCUACCUGGACGGCGAACUGCUGUUGCUCGGUUUUUACCGUAAACGGUUCUUUGUACACAACGAAACCAAAAACUUUGAGUUGAUUUCCGUGGCGUGCGGUGGUGCUCAUCGACGUUGGCAAUUCACCGCUCAGGAUGCCAAGCUGGAUAAAGCGACGUUUGCGUUUAUCCGAAAAGAACAAUUGUAUGCUUACUUCCGUGACGGCGCCACGAUUGGCGGCGGAUUUGAUGAAAGCAUUCUUCAGGAAAACUAUCACGGUCGUGAAGUGAGAGCGAUCGAAUAUCUCAAUCUUUUCCCAGAAAUGAAGAACGAUGCACCGUUGAUUUUCGCCACCGGCGGUGAAGACACACUUCUUCGAUUGCAACAAUAUAUGCCGACGGCCAAAUCCGGAUUUGUGACCCUUGCUAGCAUUCGUAAACAUAAAUCGGUCAUCAAGAGUGUGGCGUGCAGUAAAGGCCUUGUGACACUGCUGUUCACGAGCGGUGCGACGGAAGAGCUUCGGUGCUGGAAACUCGAAGCAACACUACCAGAGGAUCCACGUCAGACCUUGGAUAUGAAAUGCCUCGAAUGGGCAACCUGUCCAUCUGUCAGUGAGGACCUGGAAACACGAAUUAUGGAUAUUUCUGUCUUUGCCAUUGAUCCAGCAAGAGGUCUGCAUAUUAUUGGAGCGGUCUACUCUGACGCAAUGAUUCGAAUCUGGUUGUUUAAUGAAGCAACGCGAAGAUUUUCUAUGGUCAUCGACGGUACUUGGCACGCCAAAUGUAUUCUACAGAUUCAGCACGUCCUUGUUGCAGAUAACGAUGGAUCCAACCGUAUUCUUUUCUUCACGUCGGCAACCGACGGAAAAAUUGCGUUCUGGGAUGUGACGCGAGAACUGAACGAGGCGGUUCACGCAGUGGAUGAUCUGGAUACAGAUCAUGCUCGACCGGCUUUUAAAUUGACAGAGCCCUUCUACCAUUAUCAGGCCCAUAUGUCGGGUGUCAACGCACUGCAAGUGCAAUUAUAUCAAGGAAAUCAACUACUUUUUGUCACUGGCGGGGAUGACAAUGCACUUGUUGCUGCUCUGUUCGAACUCCAGGAUCAACAUGUGCAGUCUAUUGGGGAACGCUGCACAAUCCCAGGUGCUCACGCUUCCUCCAUUACAGAUCUCCGGUUUGUGAAUGAUUCGGUGUUUUCCAUAUCCACCGAUCAACGAUUAAAUCAGUGGGCUUUGGAGAAUCGAGGCCCUCAAGGAGUGUCUCUCAAACUGAUCAAUGCAGCGUACAUGGAUGUUUCUGAUCCAUCUGCCAUGGAUGUCAUUGCCGUCAAUGGCGAAAUCCAUGUGGCUGUUACCGGCAUUGGCUUGCAGAGUAUACGAUAUCCCCAAUAGAGUUUCAACAAGUUUUCGUUUAUAGAUAAUUUUGUACAGACAUACAUCGAGAAAGUGUAAUAAAAAAAAAAGGCCAA